ACCAACCAUUCCACAUGUAAAUGCAUGUGCAUUCACCCUUUUAAUGACAGGUAAAUGAACUUGUAAUUAAUCGUUAAACAGGUGUUACCAGUAGAAUUUUAAUGAUGUUAGAGAAUUGUUUUUAACAUAAUUUGAGAGAAUACCUGUGCCUUUAUCGAUUUGCAUUAUUUCAAAUAGUUUUUCAAAAGUAUUUAAAUAACUGUUAAAUUAAAGUAAUAUGGAUGAAAAUGCAACAGAAACUUAUGACGAUGAUAUACGAGAUCAACCAGUAGAUUACAGUAAGAAAUAUAUUGAAAGAAAUAGAUUAAAGCAAAAUCAUCUUUUAAAUGAUGUACAGAAAAAUCAGUCAGCAAAUGAGGAUAUUAAAGAAUGUGAAUCUGAAACAGUAUUAUUUGGAGAUUAUGCAGAAACAGAUCUUGAUCAACCAACGGACUAUAGUUUAAGAUAUGCAGAAAAUGACACUGAUGAAGAUGAGAAACCAACUACAGAAUACUUUUCCGGUAGCGUACAAGAAGAUACUAUUAAAACAUAUUGUACAGAAGGUACACCUUACGAAACACCUUUUAACUUUUCUACUGCAACAUCUAUGUCUGAUUUAAGAGUCGAAGAUACAAAAGAUAAUGAUCAUUCUAAAAAGACACAAAAGAAAGGACUUGAUGCUAGACAUAAAAAAAGUAUAUCUUUCGAGGAUAGAAGAACAGAAGAAUGUCACGAGCAACAACAUUUGAUAUCAGAAAGUACAGAGAGACAAAAGCAUAUUAUUAGUAUAAGCUCAAAUCAUAUGAUUCCUGAAAAGCCAAUUAAUUAUUAUAAAGAAGAAGAAUUUAGUAGUUCUUCCUGUGUUAAUUCGCUCAGUUCUUUUAACAGUGAAAUAGCACAACGCAAUAAUGUAUCUGAAAUAAUAUCAAAAGCAAGUUUAGAGAAUUCUAUGAAUAAAUCAGAACCAGAAACAAGUAAUUCUAAUGUAACAGAAUUAAAUAGGAAUGAAUUAAUUUCUAAUUCAAUAAGCAAUAGUCCUAUGGAAAGUAAAAAUAGUUCACGUAUUGUCGAUAAGGAAGGAAAAAUGGUAACAUUCAGUGGACAAGAUUUUUAUGCUGAACAAACACCUCUAAUGUUUUCACGUUGUAGUUCUCUUGGUUCAUUGAGUGGUUUCGAACAGCAUUCUAUACAUGAUGACCGUAGCUCCGUUGUCAGUGAUUUCAGCCGUAGAACAAGUGGAGUUGUUUCGCCAAGUGAAUUGCCAGAUUCUCCAACCCAAACUGUACCACCCAGCCCCAGAAUACAAAAAAUAAAAUCUACAGAUUUUAUGAAUAAAAUGCAAGAAGAAGAAGUAAAACCAUCGCAUUCUCAUUUAUUGUGUUCAAAAUAUGGUGUAAAAAGGACUAGUGUUUUUGAAGAUGAUAUUGCUACUUUUAAAGAAGAAUCAACACCAAUAGAAUUUUCUACCACCACAAGUCUGAGUUCUUUAACUAUUGACGAUGAAGUGAAAAGUUCUGAUUAUCCCAAAAGUGGAGAUAAAUUGAAAGAAAUAUCAGAACCAAUCCAUCAAAAUAUCGAUAAAAGUACAUCUUUUGUAAAAGUAAAUGUUCUUGAAGUUGAAAAACAACCAGAACAAAUAAGUGAUGGCGAUGAAGAUGAUGAAGAUAUGCUAGCUGCUUGUAUUAGUAUGGGAAUACAAAAUAAUAGAUACAGACAAUCCUUAAAAACCGAAAGUAUUCCAAAAUCUACGCAUUCUAAAUCAACAAGUGUCUUAAUGUCAUGCGACAAAAAGUCACCAUUAAAUAGAUCACAAGCUUGUGUUUCUGUUUCCCCUGGAGAGUCACCGGCUGUCUCUAAAAUUUGUAAACCACCAAUGGAAAUUGUUGUUGUCCCAGAUACAGUACAUGUUUAUUGUACAGAAGAUACACCAGCAGGUAUCUCUCCGGUUGGUUCACAAUCAAAUCUUUCUGUCUUAUCUAUGCCAAGUGUUCCAGAAGAUAUAGAGAAAAUUGAACCAAUUAAAUCUUCAGAACUUGAAUGCCACAGAAAUGAUCUUUCGGAUGAAAGUUAUAAUCUUUCUGACGAAGAUGAAAAAAUUCUUGAUGAAUGCAUUCAAUCGGGUAUACCAAAGGUGAGACAAAUUACCCCACCUCCAACGAAAAGUAUACCUUGCGUGAAAAAACCUGAGACCGUACCACCAAAAUUUAAUAUAUGUGGGACACCUUCGUCAUCUCCCGUUGAAUCGACUUCUAACAAUAAAAAUUCUGUAAUAAUUAAACCUUUAUGCCAUAUAUCAAUGGAAAAUGAAAAGGAAUUUUCGGAUGAUAGUCCAAAUCAUUCGGAUGACGAAGCUAUUUUAAUAGAAUGUAUACAAUCUGCAAAGGCUCGAUUAAGAUGCUCACCAUCGCCAUUAUUAAAGGGAACUAAGAUAACAAAGCCUAGAACUCAAUGUCCCACCUCUUUAUUUUCAAGACUUCGACCAGAAAAAGUAAAACUUAUUAUAUUAUUAGAAUGUCCCUACCGCUUACAUAUUAUUUUAUAUUUUCAGGUAACGCAAGAACAUAGUACUACUUCGUACAGCUCAACUAGCGUAUUUUAUCCUACAGAAGAUAGUUACAGUCCUUCGGAAGAAGAAGAAGAUAUUAUUUUAGCCCAAUGUAUUCAAUCUGGCAUGCCAAAAGUAUUAAAUGUUCCAACUACAACAAUUCAAAGACAAGCUACAACAAAGAAACGAGAAGAGUAUUUAAGAUCUAUGGGAUCGUCUAGUAGUUCCACCACUUAUCUUCUAAAUAAUGCUUAUCCAAUUAAUGCCUUGUAUACACAGCUGCCUUAUAAAAGUGUAGAGAAUAGCGUUUCCCAUUACAUUGUUGGAAGUUCAUCUUGCAGUUAUAAUAAUUUUCCAACGAAAGCAUCUAGUAGUAGCUAAGAAUACAGAUUAUUUAUUCGUUAAUGAAGUAAUGCAAUCUAUCUUAUAUUAAAAGCAAUCAGAAAUUCCAGAACAUAUAAUUGCCACACAAACUAGUUAAACUAGGAUUAAGAUUCAUUCGAUAUUAAAGACUGAAUACAUUUUACAACGAUUAAAAGCAAUGAACAUAUUAUUUAA